AUGGGUUCUAAGAUGGGCAAAGUGUUUCAGACUAAGCAGCCGGAGUACAGCAGUGCUCUGCGGCAAACUUUUAGCGCUGAGCUUUGUGUCUGUCGGGGUGACGGUCCUUGGCCGUCCGUGUCGGAGCGAGGCCUGGACAGCUGGCCAUCCUCCUGCAUCUGCCCCGAGGUUCCUCCUGCUACGCUAGGAACGUCGGCCUUCGAGCAGGAUGUGGAGAAGGGAAACACAGAAGGCCUGGGAGACUGUCAGAAUACCUUCGUGGCUCUGAAUGACGUCCACUCGAGCCCUCACGGUCAUGAAAGGUCACGAAAUGGCCACCACCGCCACCACUCCACCCUCCCCUUCCCCACCUCCGCCCUGCCCCCUGCCGAGGGCCCCCAGGGCAGGGGCCGCAUGGUGGAACAGAAGGACCCCCCCAUGCCCUCAGAUAAGAGCGACCCAUACAUGGCCGUGCCCUCCCAGCCUGAAGCCAAUGGCGUCAUCCGUGAGAGCUACCAGAAGGGUCACGACCAGCUGGUACCUGUCACCCUGCUGGCCAUCGCCGUCAUCCUGGCCUUCGCCAUGGGCGCCAUCUUCUCCGGGAUCAUCGUGUACUGUGUCUGCGACCACCGGAGGAGAGACAGCAGCCUGCCGGGCCGCAAGGACAAGGAGAACCUGCGCCGGGGCUCCAUGAACAGUGUGACCAAGCUGACAGGGCUGUUUGAGACCCAGGCCAAAGAUGGCCGCCCGGAAGCAGUCCUCACCCCCCUGAUGCACAACGGCCGGCUGGCCAACGGCAAGCUGCUGAUCAAGGCCGAUCAGCACCACCUGGACCUGACUGCCCUGCCCACCCCGGAGUCCACCCCCAUGCAGCCCCGCCGCAAGCCCAGCCGAGGCAGCCGUGAGUGGGAAAGGAACCAGAAUCUGAUCAACGCCUGCACUAAGGACCUCCCCCCGAUGGGGACCCCUGUGAUCCCCACGGACCUCCCCCUAAGGGCCUCCCCCGGACACAUCCCCAGCGUGGUGGUCCUGCCCCUCCCCCAGCACCAGCAGACCUACCAGCACCAGGCCUACCAACACGAGUACGUGGAGCAACCCCACCGGAGCGACCUGAGCCUUGACCUGGACCAGGGGGCUACGCUGGAGUACAAGACCCUGAAGAGCCCCUGUCACGGUCACGGCCUGGGGCUGGGGGAGGCCGGCGAGGGGGCCCUGCCACCCCGGGUGCCCCAGAGGGAGGCUUCGCUCACCGUGCCCCCCUCCGUGCCCCAGAUGGGGAAGCGCCUGGAGGUGCAUUCCUCCGUCUAUGGGCGGGGCUACGCCGCCAAGGCUGCCUCUGCCGCCUCCUCCGCCCUCAAGAAGCACAACACCAACUCGUCCAACUCCUCGCUCCUGUCUCGGCACCAGAGCUUUGCCCGCGUGGAGAGCCCGCCCCCGGCGCCGCAGAGGGUGGACUCCAUACACCUGACCACGCUGGGGAUGUCGUUGUCGCGGCAACCUAGCAUGGGCUCCUACGGGUCCCUGCCGAGGUCGGGGGUCAAACAUCUGAAGCCGGACGUCCCUCCCAAGCCGUCCUUGGUGUCACUGUCGACCAAAGGUUCCAGUGACUCCUGCACGUAGUCGGGACGGUUUGAACACACACUCAUACACACACACACACACAAAAAGAAACAGGGAGAGCAAUCUUGCAACGUCUCGUUUCAAGUCUCUUUCGAUUUUAUUUUAUUUGAAAAAAUUUGUAUUUUCGGGUUGGGUUGUUCCGUGCAGAGAAACAUGCAACACAUUUUCUUUUCUUUUUUCAAGAAAACGUUUUCUUUUUAUAUAUAUAUGUGUAAAUAUUAUACAAAAAUAAUGGUUGUUGUUGAUGUUGUUGUUGUUGUGGGGGAGCUCCGCUCGCCGCGGUCCCGGUCCCUCCGGAACGACGAGAAAACAGACGUGAAUAUUUGAAUCCAACAACCUCCACCUCUGACUCAAACAUUCGACAAGGACGCUCAACCAAACUUUGGUUUACCCAACAGACUGCCAAAAGCACAUGAAACCACACACAGGGAGGUGGAUCGCUUGUAUAUUUUUUAGUGGACACGAACCCAGCGGGCACUAGGACCCAGUAAAGAGUGGGACUGGAGGGUUUUUUCAUUGGGGAAACUGUGAAGAGCAGCUCAGUGUUAAUAAGGCUACAGGACACAGCGAGCACGCUCUCCCUGGGUUCUCUGUCUUCCUGGGUUCUCUGUCCGGGAUCAGAGAACCCUCCAUGGUUCUGGUUCCUGAAUAACACACAUGACUGUUAAUACUAAUAGCUUGUCGUAUUUAUUUUUUAAGUGCUUUUGAAAAGAAGAGUCUGCCUUUUUAGGCCCGGAAAGAGAGAGCGAGAGAGAGAAAGAGAGAUCUUUUAAUAUUAAUUAAUCAAGUGUGAAGAUUAUUUAAAGUCAUUAAACUGGAGCCAGUACAACCUUAAGCCUAAAGUUCCGCCAGACAGGUUUCCUGGGCGGCACAUUGGGACCAGGGGUUUUCCUUACGCAGGUCUCCUGGACUGUACGGUGGGACCAGGUCUUUCUCCAAGCUUGAGAUAUUCGUGACCUCCGUGACUAGAGGGGAUAUUUAUUUACUGUGCCGGAUGGGGCUCCUCCACGUCUACGCAGUCAGAAAAAAACACACACUCAGAACUCCUGAAACUCCCCCCCUCACUCCUCCAAUGGGCAUCCCUCAACCAGCACUGUGGCUUUAUGUCAGCCAGUGACCUUCGUCCUGAUUGGCUGCUGGCUCACUGCGUGCCAUCAUGGUUCACUUCUGCAUGUAAAAGUGCAAAACAAAACAAAAAAGGGAGAGAAAGAGAUAAAUAAAUAAGCAACAACAAUAUGGAAAUCUACGUACACUUGCACUCAGAGAAAGAGAUGGGGGGGGGGGGUGGUGGGGGGCAAUGGCUACGGGCAUUGUGCCGGCUCUGGAGGGCGUCCAUCUUGGCUUGUUGAAAUGCCGUCUUUUCUCUGAGUGGCUCACGUCAACAGGCAGGCAGGCCUCCCUUGUGGGUAACAUCUGCUCCUGUCUCCUCUUCUCUUCCACGUGUAAAUUUGUGCCUUACACCCUGAAGUAGUGACAAUUCUGUUCUCUUUUUUUUGUUGCUGUUAACUAUGUUUCUUUCUAGUCUAUUUCUGAUCAUUUUACCUGGUUUGGUUAAAAAAAAAAAAAAAGAAGGAAAAAAAAACUGGAAAAAAAGGCAAUUUAAGAAUUUAGGUGUUCUUGUUGUAAUUUUGGUCCCUAGCAAUUUACAAACCAAGGGUUGGAAGGGAGAAAAGUCUCUCUCCUCUCCUCCUCUCUUCUCCUCUCCUCCUCUCUUCUCCUCUCCUCCUCUCUUCUCUCUUCUCUCCUCUCCUCCUCUCUUCUCUCUUCUCUCCUCUUCUCCUCUCUUCUCUCCUCUUCUCCUCUCCUCCUCUCUUCUCCUCUCUUCUCCUCUCCUCCUCUCUCCUCUCUUCUCCUCCUCUCUUCUCCUCUUCUCCUCUCUUCUCUUCUCUUCUCUUCCUCUCUUCUCUAUUCGCCUCUUCCUCUCCUCCUCUCUUCCCAUCCCCUCCAGUACAUUAAUCUUUGUGGUUCAUUUUUCUGAUUGUGCCAAUGAUGCGCUUAAAACAGCCCUUUUGUUGUGAUGGCAGUGUCUACAAUAAUGUUGUGAGUGUUAUUAUUUUUAAUUUCACACCUUAAAGUCCUGGUAUUUGUUUUUACUUUAACUUUCUUUUUUUCUGUUUGAAUUGAAUUUGACGUGAAAUAAUUGAUGAUAAAUGUUUGUUUUUGGAGAGGGUUUCUGUCGUCCUCGCUGGUGCGCUGGGACCCCACACCUCACUAACUAUGAGAAACACACCUGUGUACGGACACAUUUCCCAUACCUGGGUCGAAUCCAGAUUUGGAACACUUGAAAGUAUUGAGGUGAGUUUGAUUUAACAUUCUUGUUAGAGGUUGCACUCCCUAGGGCCCUCGGCCCCAUUGGUGUCAUCACGCCGGGUGAUAUAAAUCAAGUGCGCCACAAGUAGCUAACUGCAUUUGCAGAUGUUGUUUUGACCCAGGUGUGCCAGUGUCCAAGUGUUUGUUACCACUCCCCUUCUACAUAGGCUGGUUCCUGUUGUAGAGAAGAACUCUUCUAAUAUUAGAAGACGUUACAUAUUGUUAUUCACCCCUUUUAUAAAGAUAAAACAUGUUCAGGAAACGGAUUAGAGAUGUUUUUAAUUCACUAUCGAGCUAAACGCAAGAGAGCUUAGAUUUAUUUACCAAUCCGACCUCUGUUUUCACUCUUUUCCUUGAUGCACAUUUUUACUGACCCUAUUUUUCCCGCACCCUCCCACCCCACCCCAAAUCAAAAGAGCACUCUUAUAUUGACAUGUACAGACAGGUACAUUUCUUGAACUCAAGCAGGCGUGCAUUUCUAGUGGAAGAAUGACGUCUGUGUCCCCUUGGCAUCCAUCGUGAAGAGAACUUGUGGGGUAACACAAGGAAGUUCUGGAGGCGAGUGCUGUCUCCGUGGUAACUCAACUAACAUGUACAUAGAUGCUUGUGGGGUUCAACUGCCAGGGACUGCGUCAUGGCAACAGAUUAGGGUUUCACUGAGAGGAGAAGGGAUUCAACUUGUAGGUCCUGAUCCUGGUUCAGUUAUUUCUCCAACUCUUUUUUGUUUGUUUUGUUGAUAAUUUAAAGUGAGUUGAACUGGAUAUUUGAGGUACAGUUAUUUGGAAGAAAUUUGUGGUAGUUUUCUGAGGUUUAAACUGAAUCUGGAUCAGUGUCCUGGGAUUGUAUAUUCCCUGGUGUAACGUAAGAAAAUGCUAGUGUUUCAACUUAGAGAAUCUGAGUUCGCUGGUCACUUGGAAAUACUGUAUUCAAGUCCCCCAAUGCCUUGAAACAUUGUAAUUUGAGGACGCUAGUUAUGAAUAAGCUCUUACAACUUAACAUUUGACUAAUAUAAUAACAUAAUAUGUGGGGAUAAGUACAUGUUGAUUGUUUUGUUUUUUUAUUGUUUUUGUUUUUUUAAGUUGAAACACUACAAUUUUUUACCUGAACUCCCAUCUUUGUAGAAGAGAUAUGGUGUGUGUCUCUCCUCUGGUCUCUGAAGGUCAGGGUGCACUGUAAGGGGGUUGGGUGUGUGCCUUUGUCUCUUAGAGUACACAGCUGGACGCAUCCGAGAUGGACUCUCUCUCAAGAUGUUUUUGAACUUUGUUAAGCUUGUAAGAUAUUGUGACGUCACCAGGUUUUCCUGCAGGUUUUCCUGCCUUCUACUUCUCCACUUCCCUAACAUCUCUGAAUCACAGCUUAAUGUAUGUUGUAAAGAAAAAGUCUCUUUAAUAAAUUGCAAAAUGUAAUAAAAAAUAAAAAAUACAAUUCCUGUCA